AAUCUAGAGGAUAUGUACUGUGCAGAUGGUCAGAUCUGGAUAAAUCUGACAUGAAACCAAGAAAAACCUCCAAAAGUGCAGAGAUUGCCGCAUAAACAGCCGCGUUGACAACUUAAAAAAAACAAGACCAGAUAUUUCAAAUACUCCAAAAAUCAAGAUUCACAACCCCAAGCUCGUUGUUGGAUAUGGCAUAGAGACGGCCUCGGGACGGAACAAGACGGCAAAGACACCAGUACCGUGGAUUGGACUGAGAGCCCCAUUUCAGACAAUGUUUCUUAUGGUACAGAUAGCUGCAUUCAAGUUGGCAUCGAGCAACCGGAGCGUGUGAAAGCGAAGAGAUUCCUGCUUUCGUGGAUGUCGAAGAGGUUGGUCGAUGGUGUUGACUGACCAACAGGCCUGGGCAGCUGACUAAGCACACGACGCAGCCUCAGCCUCAUCUUCAUUUUCAUUUUCUUGACAACCAAGCAGGUUCAUGUUCAAGUUCAUCAUCCACACACUCCGUCGACAAGGUCUCCAGAUACAGUGGUUCCUGACGGCCACAUUCUCCAGAUCUAUUGUCAUGAACAAGACAUGCAGGGUUAUGAUCCGAUAUUCGGGUCUGGUCUCAAUCCUCCAGUUUCGUGCCUAUACCCUGGGCAUUCUAUCAACCAUUCUCCAUAGACAAAGACAUGUCUUUUAGGGUCUUCUCUUCUUCUAGGCUUUCAUCCAUACAAUCGUUGAUUGUAUGACGCUUUUGAAUGCCUAAUGAUUGAUAUCAUUAUAGAUAUCGUUAAAGAUGGCGAAUAUAUGUUGAAUCGACAUAUAUAUUGCUGAGCCUCCUAGCUAUCUACUUCCUAUCUCUUCGGCUUCUAUCUUAAGAGAAACAACACAUGAGCUGAGCUACAUAUCUACUUGUAUUAAGACUUCCACAUUCAUUACCGCAGAUUGGAUUUUCAUUCCACCAGUUAACCUGUGUCUCUCCAUUGCAGCAAUGGGGCGCGUUCUGUUACUUCCAUUCCUUCUGCUUGGUGUCAUUACAUCGACCUAUGCAGGAGGACAGGAUGGCUAUGCUGUUUGCGUAAUCUGGUGUGCGUCUAAAUUCAGCCAUUCUGUGGCUGAAUGUAUCAUGCUUGCAGGGCAUGGAAGAGGACCUUGCUAUGAGUGCGGCCCCUUCAGGACCUCUGACAACUGGCAAUUUCGGAACGGCAAGUGCGUUAAAAUUGGUGACGGCAAGGAACAUUGCGAAUAUGAUACGGGGUUGGGCUAUUGCGUCCCUAGACGCCCGAAUCCAAAGAGCACCAAGUCAAGGCCAACGACAUUUAGAACGUCAACUAGGCGUUAUCGUACGGAUAAGAAUGCGUAUCCUACCGAGGAGUAUCCUACUAACCCAUACCCAACGAACGCAUACCCAACAAAGGAUUAUCCUACUAAGAAGUACCCAACAGACACAUACCCGACAGAGGAGUAUCCUACCAGGGAGCAUCCUACCAAUCCAUACCCAACUGGCACUCAUCCAACAAAGGAUUAUCCUACUGAGAAGUAUCCAACAGACACAUACCCGACAGAGGAGUAUCCUACUAACCCAUACCCAAUGAAUGCAUACCCAACAAAGGAUUAUCCUACUGAGAAGUAUCCAACAGACACAUACCCGACAGAGGAGUAUCCUACCAACCCAUACCCAACUGGCACUCACCCAACUAAGGAUUAUCCUACUGAGAAGUAUCCAGCAGACACAUACCCGACAGAGGAGUAUCCUACUAACCCAUACCCAAUGAAUGCAUACCCAACAAAGGAUUAUCCUACUGAGAAGUAUCCAACAGACACAUACCCGACAGAGGAGUAUCCUACCAACCCAUACCCAACUGGCACUCACCCAACAAAGGAUUAUCCUACUGAGAAGUAUCCAGCAGACACUUACCCGACAGAGGAGUAUCCUACCAAUCCAUACCCAACUGGCACUCACCCAACAAAGGAUUAUCCUACUGAGAAGUAUCCAGCAGACACAUACCCGACAGAGGAGUAUCCUACCAACCCAUACCCAACUGGCACUCACCCAACAAAGGAUUAUCCUACUGAGAAGUAUCCAGCAGACACUUACUCGACAGAGGAGCAUCCUACCAACCCAUACCCAACUGGCACUCACCCAACUAAGGAUUAUCCUACUGAGAAGUAUCCAACAGACACUUACCCGACAGAGGAGCAUCCUACCAACCCAUACCCAACUGGCACUCACCCAACUAAGGAUUAUCCUACUGAGAAGUAUCCAGCAGACACAUACCCGACAGAGGAGUAUUCUACCAGGAAGUAUCCUACUAACCCAUACCCAACUGGUGCUUACCUGACAGAGGAUUAUCCUACUGAGGAGUACCCUACUGACUUAUAUCCCACCAAGGGGUAUUCAAUUAAGGGAUAUCCUACUAAUCCAUACCCAACUGAUGCUUACCCAACAGAGGAUUAUCCUACUGAGGAGUACCCAACUGACCUAUAUCCCACCAAGGAGUAUCCUACUAACCCAUACCCAACUGGCGCUUACCCGACAGAGGACUAUCCUACAGAAGAGUACCCAACUGACCUAUAUCCCACCGAGGAGUAUCCGAUUAAGGGAUAUCCUACGAAGGUUCAGACCAAAACACGAAUUAAAACUCGUACUGAAACGCGCACUAGAACUCGCACCACUAGAACUCGCACCACUAGAACUCGCACCAUAACUCGCACUCGCACUGCUACCACCACCACCACUGCAACCACAAGCCCAGUCACCACCACUACGAGCCCGGUCACCACUACCACUACGAGCCCGGUCACCACUACACUACAACAGCCCUGUGACACCUACAACCACCCACCACCACUAACCCGGGGACCCACCCCCUACCACCACACCCAGUGA